AUGGACCCCUCAAUCAAGCCCUACAAAAUCAAUGUCCCGGAUUCCGCGAUCGAGAAUCUGCACGCCAAGCUCGACAACGCCAAAUUCCCACCAGAAAUUCCGCUCACUGAUAGCUGGGACUAUGGCGUGCCAGUCUCUCACAUCAAACGACUCGUGAAUCACUGGCGGAACGGCUUUGACUGGCGGGCAGCCGAAGCCAAGUUGAAUGAGAUCCCGCAGUACACGACCACGAUCUCUGUCGACGGAUUCGGAGAUCUAGACAUACACUUUGUGUGGCAGAAGAGCGCCCAACCUGGCGCCGUUCCAUUGCUGUUUUGCCAUGGCUAUGACUUCUAUGAGGCCCUUAAGCUCAUUCCCCUCCUCACAACUGAGACGAGCGGUCUCUCAUUCGACGUCGUCACGCCUUCACUUCCCAACUUCGGCUUUUCUCAGGGGUCAGAUAAGCCCGGAUUUCGCAUGCCUCAAUACGCCGAGGUGAUGCACAAAGUUAUGCUCAAGCUCGGAUACGAGCAAUAUGUGACACAGGGAGGAGAUUGGGGCUUUUUGAUUACCCGCUUCAUGGGUCUCAAAUAUCCGGAUCACGUCCUUGCCUCGCAUCUCAAUAUGGUCCAAGCCAAGCCGCCUUCGCCGUUCAAGAACCCAUUGCAAUACAUCAAGAGCCUCUGGCCACAUACUGAUCAGGAGAAGAAGGGUCUUGAGCGGACCACAUGGUUUGCCAAGGAGGGUUACGGCUACAACCUUGAGCAACAAACCCGCCCUGCUACCCUCGGUAUUGGGCUGGCCGACUCACCUGUCGCCGUUCUCGCAUGGAUAUAUGAAAAGCUUCAUGAUUGGACCGACGGAUAUCCAUGGACUGACGACGAAAUUCUCACUUGGAUCUCGAUCUACCAGUUCUCGACUAUGGGCCCUGAGGCUAGUGUGAGGAUCUACUACGAGGUGCGACAUCCUAUCGCACACACGGAACAGUUUGGGUGGAUCCCAAGGGUAAAGCUUGGGGUUUCCAUCUUCCCAAUGGACUUGUUCGUCCCGCCUAUUAAUCACGCGAAGACCUUGGGACCUGUGGUACUUGCGGUCACGCAUGGCGAUGGUGGCCACUUUGCUGCGCAUGAGAGGCCAGAAAUAUUGGCCAAGGAUUUGAGGCAGAUGUUUGGCAAGGGUGGAGAGGAAUAG